AGGGGGUCUGUUUCUUCCGCUGGGGCCAUGGCGGCGCUCUGGGCCUUGCCGGGCCCGGAGCAUCAGUGAGGCGAAGAUGUCGGAGAGCUACUCGCGGUGGCUGCUCCGCGUGUCGGUGGCGCAGGUGUGCCAGGCGCUGGGAUGGGACUCGGUGCAGCUUUCCGCCUGCGACCUCCUCACCGACGUGCUCCAGCGUUACCUCCACUCCUUGGGCCGCGGCUGCCGGCGCUACUGCGAGCUCUAUGGCCGGACAGACCCAAUUUUGGAGGAUGUGGGUGAAGCCUUUAAGCUCAUGGGGGUCAACCUGCAUGAAUUGGAAGAUUACAUACUCAAUAUCGAACCUAUGACUUUUGCACAUCAGAUCCCUUCCUUCCCUGUGAGUAAGAAUAAUGUGCUGCAGUUUCCUCAGCCCGGAAGCAAAGACGCGGAAGAGAGGAAGGAGUAUAUCCCCGAUUACAUGCCACCUCUGGUCUCGUCUCAAGAAGAGGAGGAAGAGGAGCAGGUGCCAACCGAUGGAGGAACUUCCGCGGAAGCCAUGCAGGUGCCUUUGGAGGAAGAAGGAGAAAUGGAAGAAGACGAGGUGGUCAACGACGAAAAUUACUUAAGCAAGAGGCCCCUGGAAAGCCCCGAAUCCGAGGAACUGCCUCUAGCCAAGCGACCCAGACUAACCAACACAAAAGGGGACGCAGAGCUGGACGUCACCCCGGAGCCACGCGAGCCUCUUAGUUUGAUCAAUGCCCAGAAGGUGCCUCCGAUGCUUUCCCCGGUUUGUGUCCAAGAGGGUGGCGAUCAGGUACCGGCUUCCCCAGAACCACCCAUCCUGGCUCCGGUAGCAAAGUCCCAGCUGCCUGUUCCCAAACCCUGCGAAUCCAAAGCCCUUCUUCCUAAACCCAAGACGAAAACAGCCUCUCCGGUGCAGAAGACUAAGGCGCCCAAGGUUUCCCCGUCUCCGGUGGUGAUGGGCAGCCCCCUUCGCUCGCCCAAAAUUGGCAGCAAGGAGAAAAAGUCUCCUGGCCGGGCCAAGAGCCCCCGAAGCCCGAAAAGUCCCAAACUGCCGGUCCACGUGGUCCCUCAAAUAACAAUUAAGCAGGAGACCCCCACGAAACCCCCCUUAGUUGUACUGAGUGACAAGAUGGGGAAAGAGACUAUCCAGGUUAAGCAGGUACCGAUGCCGGCUGAGCCUCCCAAACCCGCGGGUGAGAACCCGGCAAAGAAAUUGAUGGUGAUGGACAAGACUAUCGACGACUCGAUCGAUGCGGUCAUCGCCAGGGCGUGUGCCGAGCGCGAUCCCGAUCCGUUUGAGUUCUCUUCCGGGUCCGAAUCCGAAGGAGAUGUUUUCAUGAGUCCCAAAAGACUUUCUGUAUGUGAGCCUCCCAUCCCUAAAGCUUCCGUUUCGGCGAACAGUGGCUUAACUAAAGUAGGAAGCACCCCACUCCCGCCUUCUGGCGGAACCUCGAGUUCGGACAUUUCGUGGACGAUGGACGAUUCGAUCGACGAGGUGAUUCGUAAAGCCAACCUGGGUCCUCAUGCCAAUUUGCCGGCCAGCUUCCCCUACUUCUCGUCCCCUUCGGCUUCUCCGCCCACGCCGGAGCCUCUGCUCAAAAUCUACGAGGAGAAAACGAAGCAGGCGGCCUCGGUGGAGGUGAAGAAGAAGCUGAAGAAGGAGCUGAAGACCAAAAUGAAAAAGAAAGACAAGCAGAAGGAGAAGAGCAAAGAGAAGAACAA